AUGAGUUACAGCUAUACCUUCAAGCAGACGCAAACUAGUAGCGAAGGUGGAAAUAUUGGUGGUGGUGGAAUUGGUGGCGGCGGAAGUGGUGGACACAGUGUUAGUGGCAUUGGUAGAGGAGCAUCUUCUUCAAUGUCCUCUAGAAGAUACACCCCAACUGUGAGAAGCAGUCAAGGUUUUUCAGGUGGAAGUUAUGGUGGUGGAAGAUCCAGCCACAGCUGUGCAGGAGGAAGAUGCCGUAGUAUGUCUGGUGGAUUUGGUGGUGGCAGUAGCUUUGGUGGUAGCCAUGGAGGUGGCAGCUUUGGUGGAGGAUUUGGUGGUGGCCACAUAGGGGGAGGAUUUGGUGGUGGCCAUGGAGGCGGCCACCAAGGGGGAGGAUAUGGAGGUGGCACUGGAGGAGUUGGUUUUGGUGGUGAUGAUGCUGGAUUCCUCUCUAACAAUGAAAAGAGCACCAUGCAAAAUCUCAAUGACCGCUUAGCCUCUUAUCUGGAAAAGGUACGACAUCUAGAAGCAGAAAAUAAUCAACUUGAAUCCUUAAUUAAAGAAUGGUACCAGACGCAUAGUCAGACAUCUGAACCAAAGGAUUACAACUCUUAUUAUGAGGAAAUCAACAAGCUCAUCAGUGAGCUGAUUUCGGAAUCGUUGGAGAGCAACAAGAUACUCCUGGAUGUUGAUAAUGCAAGAAUGGCUGCUGAAGACUUCAAGUUGAAAUACGAGACAGAAAGUGGCCUACACCAAAAUGUAGACGCUGAUCUUCAGGGCUUGCGUCCUCUUCUGGAUAAGCUGACCUUAGAUAAGUCUGAUCUGGAGAUGCAAUAUGAGUCCCUCCAGGAAGAACUGGCAACUCUUAGGAAGAACCACGAUGAUAUAAUGAAGAGUUCACAACAUCAUUCCAGUGGAGAUGUCAGUAUUGAGGUCAAUGCUGCUCCUGGCCAGGAUCUUCAAAAGGCACUUAAUGAACUGAGACAGGAAUACGAAGAGAUCAUUGCGAAAAACCGGAGUGAGGUUGAGCAAUGGUAUGAAGCCAAGAUGGAAGAAGCUCGUCAACAAGAGAAUACAGGCAAUCAAGAGACUGGAUCUGGAAGCAGUCAAGUGACAGAACUCACUCGCGAACUUCAGACACUGGAGAUUGAGCUCCAGACUCAGCUCAGCACAAUUCAAUUGCUGCAGAGGAAUCUGAAUAACACUGAAGGAGGGUACAACAUGCAGUUACAACACCUUGGAAGCCUGAUAGAGCCAGUGGAGACUGAAUUGGCUGGUAUCAAAGGAGAAAUCCAGAAUCAAACCCAGGAGUACCAGACACUUCUUGGCAUCAAGACUCACCUGGAACAGGAGAUCAGCCAGUAUCAUCAGUUGCUUGAGGAAGGGAAUCACCUUGCGUAUGUAGAAAUUAUGACAUAG